UGUUGAAAAAAUUCUCACUGUGCGGCUCCAUCUCUGGACGGAACAUGAGACGUGUCUGUGAUUAAAGUGGAACUUUUUCAACAACAAUGCUGAGCGUCGUUGUUGAAUCCGCCAGUGGGAUUCCCAAAAAGAGGCUUAGAGACCCAGAUCCAUUUACUACGGUUGUCUUCAGAGGUGAACAGAGGAAAACCAAAGUAAUUGACAAUGAACUGAAUCCAGUUUGGGAUGAAAUCCUUAAAUUUAAUCUGAAAGGACCUCCUUUGGAUGCCUCUUCAUUCAUCGACGUAGUCGUAAAAGACUAUGAAACAAUCGGAAAAGACAAGUUCAUUGGCUCUGCAACAAUCCCAUUAAGAGAGUUGGCCAGUGGUCACGUGAAGUGCCUCCCAUCCAAAAAUGUGCCCUUGAUCAAUGAGAAACAACAGCCUGUUGGGGCAACCAUUAAUUUGCUCAUUCGAUAUGAGCCACAUGCCAACACCACUCCAAACCUGAAUGAACAAUCGGAGGGAGACAUGUCGAACGUGGAUACUGCAGGCAGUGAGGAGGAUGAUGAGGGAGCAGCAGGCACAGAGUGCGGCAGUCAGGGUGGAAGCCCAGGGACUCCCAGUUCACCAAACCAGCCGAAGAAACACGGUCUUAAGCCAGUUCGUCUGAGUCGUAGGAGGCACAGAGCCCUGGCCAAUAAGCGUCAGGACUUCCAGAUUCGUAUUCGGGUUAUCGAGGCUCGACAGCUGCCUGGCAACAACAUCAAGCCAGUGGUUAAAGUGAAUGUGUGUGAACAGACCUACAGGACUAGAAUUAGAAGAGGAAAUAACCCAUUCUUUGAUGAGAUGUUUUUCCACAACGUUAACAUGCUUCCCUCUGAACUGUUUGAUGAGAGCAUUAGCAUUCGGGUUUAUGACUCUUUCUCAGUCAAAGCUGACAAUCUAAUUGGAGAGUUUAAGCUGGAUGUUGACUACAUCUACGAUCAACGUGGUCAUGCCAUAAUGAGGAAAUGGCUCCUCCUGAGUGAUCCUGAUGAUGUCAGCUUGGGGCCCAAAGGUUACCUGAAAGUCAGCAUAAUAGUUGUUGGCACUGGAGAUGAGCCACCGACUGAGAAGAGAGAUUUAAGCAAUGAGCAGGAUGACAUAGAGAGUAAUCUUUUGGCUCCAGCGGGUGUCACAAUGCGAUUGGCCACCCUAACCCUUAAAGUCUAUCAUGCCGAGGACAUGCCACAGAUGGAUGAUGCCUUUGUUCAGACAGUAAAGCAAGUCUUUAGAGGAGAUGCAGAUAGGAAAAACUUGGUGGAUCCAUAUUUGGAAGUCAGCUUUGCUGGGAAGAAGGUGUGCACCAAAAAAAUUGAGAAAAAUGCUAACCCAGAGUGGAAUCAGCUCAUCAACCUGCAAGUCAAAUUUCCAUCCAUGUGUGAAGACAUCAAGCUGAGUAUGUAUGACUGGGAUCGUUUUAGCAAGAAUGAUGCCAUCGGAACGACGUUUCUGAAUCUGAACAAAAUUUCUUCCUCGGGUGGAGAGAUUGAGGAUGAACGGGCUGAAAAUGGCAACCCAGUCUCUGAAUUGAGCACAGCAGCAUCAGAAGUUGGUUUUCUCCCAGCUUUUGGGCCUUGCUAUGUCAAUCUGUACGGUAGCCCAAGAGAAUUCAGUGGCCUGUCCAACCCCUACGAGGAACUCAACUUAGGGAAGGGAGAAGGGGUGGCAUACAGAGGAAGGGUCCUUGUAGAACUGUCCACUCAGUUGGAUGGAAGGGUUGAUAAGAAUGUUGAUGAAAUCUCUAGUGACGACAUCCUGGUUGCACAGAAAUACCAGCGGAGGAGGACGUAUUCUCUGUGCGCUGCUUUCCACAGUGCAUGCAUGCUCCAAGAGCCGGGAGAGUCAAUCCAGUUUGAAGUUAGUAUUGGUAAUUAUGGAAACAAGCUGGAUUCCACCUGCAAGCCCCUGGCGUCCACCACCCAGUACAGCUUUGCUGUGUUUGAUGGUAAUCACUACUAUUACCUUCCCUGGGCUGACACUAAGCCUGUAGUGAUUGUCACUUCCUCCUGGGAAGACAUCAGCCACCGUCUGGACUCUGUCAAUGUUCUCCUCUUCAUUGCUGAUAGACUGGAGUCCCACCUUAUUUCUUUAAAAACAGCCAUCCUUGCCAAGCUCCCUGAGACACGUCUGGCAGAGAUUUGGCUCAAGCUCAUCAACCACUUGAUUGAGGACCUUAACAGUCUCCAGCUUCCAUCACUGGAGGGUCAGCCCAACAUUACAGAGCUGGAUCUGCAAAUUCGAAAGAUGCGUCAAGCCGCUGUGGGCAGUAUCAUACAGAUGGCUAAUCGCAUGAGACAAGAGGCCAGAGAUGUCAAGGCUACUGUUGGUGACAUUGAAGACUGGUUGGAAAGAAUCAAGCAGCUGGCUGAGGAGCCUCAGAACAGCAUGCCAGAUGUCAUAAUAUGGAUGUUGAGAGGAGAGAAGCGAGUGGCUUAUGCCCGAGUCCCAGCAAACCAGAUCCUAUACUCUGAUUUUAGCGAACAGGCCUGUGGCAAGCACUGUGGAAAGACCCAGACCAUCUUCAUGCAGUACCCCAUGGACAAAAACAAAGGUUUGAAGAUCCCUGUUCAGCUGCGGGUCAACAUGUGGCUUGGUCUCUUGGUUCAUGAGAAGAAGUUCAACAGCUUCACAGAGGGACAUUUCAGUGUUUAUGCUGAAAUGUAUGAAAACCAGGCUCAAAUGGGCAAAUGGGGAACCGCUGGCCUGGUUGGUCGAUAUAAAUUCUCAGAUGUGACUGGAAAGGUGAAGCUUAAACAGGAGCACUUUCUGCCACCAGUUGGUUGGAAAUGGGAGGAGGACUGGUUUGUUGACCCUGAAAGAUGUUUGUUGACAGAAGCCGACGUGGGCCACACAGAGUUUACAGAUGAGGUUUUUGAAAAUGAAACCCGUUUUCCAGGUGGAGAGUGGAAACCUGCUACAGAGCCCUACACAGAUGUGAAUGGAGAAAAAGCCCAGAGCACAGAAGAGUUUGAAUGUCCACCUGGAUGGACCUGGAAGGACAACUGGAGCGUUGACAACAACAGAGCUGUAGAUGAAAAAGGUUGGGAAUAUGGAGUUACCAUUCCCCCUGAUGAUAAACCCAAAUCUUGGGUUGCGGCAGAGAAGAUGUACCACAUCCACCGCAGGAAGAGACUCGUAAGACCAAGAAAGAAGUUGUCUGAUGAGAUGGCUGUUGUUGAGAGACGAGAACCAGACGAUGGCUGGGAAUACUCUUCCCUGAUUGGCUGGAAGUUCCACAGGAAGCAGCGCUCAUCUGACAUGUUGCGCCGCCGCCGCUGGAGGAGAAAGAUGGUCACAUCAGAAGACACCGGUGCCUCUGCCAUCUUCAGACUGGAAGGGACAUUAGGGGUCGACGUUGAUGAAAAGGCCAGUAAAACGGAUGCAGCCAAGCGAUUUGGUGCCAACACACCCACUGUUUCCUGCCACUUUAGCCGGUCUCACAUUUACCAGCUGAGAGUGUAUGUUUACCAGGCAAGAAAUCUCUGUGCCAUGGACAACAACAGCUUCUCAGAUCCCUACGCCCAUGUGUCUUUCCUACAUGUGAGCCAGACCACGGAAGUCAUACAGAACACACUGAACCCCACAUGGGAUCAGACUCUUAUCUUUGAGGACAUUAAAAUCUAUGGAGACCCACAGACCAUUGCCCACAACCCUCCUGAUGUGGUCUUGGAGCUGUAUGACAGAGAUCAAGUGGGUAUAGAUGAGCCAAUGGGUCGAUGCACAUGCCCCCCUUUGGUAAAACUGAACCCCAGUGUGGAUGUCAGUCCGAAGCUACUGUGGUUCCCAAUCACCAGAAAGGGUCGCAGUGCUGGAGAGGCAUUGCUCGCUGCUGAGCUUCUACUGAAGAACAAGGGUAGUGAUGGAGAUAUGCCUCUGGUGCCUCCUCGGCAGGGGGAACUCUACAUGGUUCCUCAGGGAAUCAAGCCAGUAGUGCAGCGCACUGCGAUUGAGGUCUUGACGUGGGGAUUGAGGAACAUGAAGACUUACCAGCUGGCCACGGUGUCCUCUCCCAGUUUGAUAGUGGAAUGCGGUGGAAAAAUUGUUCAAACUGCUGUAAUCAAAAACUUCAAAAAGAACCCCAACUUCCCUAGCUCAGUGCUGCUACUCGAAGUGCCUCUUCCCAAAGAUGAGAUGUAUACCCCUCCCAUUGUGCUGAAAGUGAUCGACCACAGACCCUUUGGUAGGAAACCUGUGGUGGGACAGUGCACCAUUGACUGUCUGGGGGAGUUCAGAUGUGACCCAUAUGCCACCCAAAACAGUGAAAUCAGCAUGUCUGCUAGAGUGGCAAUGAUAACUGCUACUCAUGAAGAUGUUGUCAUCGACAUUGAUGAGAGACCCAUCGAGAAAACUGAGGAGGAGGAGGCGGAGGCAGUAGACUGGUGGAGCAAGUUCUAUGCCUCUGUUGGAGAGCGGGAAAAAUGUGGGCCGUAUCUAAAAAAGGGAUACGACACAUUACAGGUAUACAACACUGAAUUAGAAGAUGUUAACGAGUUCCAGGGACUGACUGAUUUCUGCAGCACUUUCAAACUUCAGCGAGGAAAGCUUAAAGAUGAGGAAGACGAUCCUUCAGUGGUGGGAGAGUUCAAGGGCUCUUUCAAGAUUUACCCACUGUCUGAUGACCCAAAUGUGCCAGCUCCACCUCGCCAGUUCAAAGAGCUUCCCGAGAGCAAACCACAGGAGUGCCUGGUCAGAAUAUAUGUGGUGCGAUGUAUCGACCUCCAGCCUAAGGAUAGAAAUGGCAUGUGUGACCCAUACGUCAAGAUUACACUGGGGAGAAAAACACUGGAUGACAGAGAUAACUACAAACCAAAGACCCUCAAUCCAGAGUUUGGAAGGAUGUUCGAGCUGUCCUGCUUCCUGCCUCAAGACAAGGAUCUGAGAAUUUCUGUCUAUGACUAUGACUUACUGAGCAGAGAUGAAAAAGUGGGUGAGACAGUAAUCGAUUUGGAGAACAGACUCCUGUCCCGUUUCAGGUCCUGCUGUGGCCUGCCACAGACUUACUGUGUGUCAGGGAUCAAUCAGUGGAGAGAUCAACUGAAGCCUUCUCAGAUCCUCCAGAAUGUGGCCAAAGUGAGGGACGUCGCUCCUCCACGCAUAGAGGGAGAUGGAAGCUCCCUGUCUUUCUCAGGAAAACAAUACAACCUGCAAGAUUUUGAAGCAAACACUGUGAGUCACCCGCACUUGGGCCCAGCCAGAGAGAGGCUGGCGCUGCAUGUCCUAAGAGACCAGGGCUUGGUACCAGAACAUGUGGAGACCAGAACCCUGUGCAGCUCUCACCAACCAAAUCUUUCCCAGGGGCAAAUUCAAAUGUGGGUAGAUGUUUUCCCGAAGAGCCUUGGUUUGCCAGGACCACCGUAUGAUAUCACUCCACGCAAAGCCAAGAAGUACUUCUUGCGGGCUGUCGUUUGGAACACAACUGAUGUCACUCUGGACGACAAGAGUAUCACUGGAGAAAACAUGAGUGACAUCUAUGUCAAAGGAUGGAUGCCAGGCAUGGAGGAGGACAAGCAGAAGACUGAUGUCCACUACAGAUCCCUGGAUGGAGAUGGAAAUUUCAACUGGAGGUUCAUCUUUGGCUUUGAAUACCUGCCUGCAGAGCAGCUGUGUGUUGUCUCGAGGAAGGAGCAUUUUUGGAACCUGGACAAAACUGAAUUUAGGAUUCCUCCUAAAUUGACGAUCCAGAUUUGGGACAAUGACAAAUUCUCCCUGGACGACUACUUAGGUUCAGUUGAGCUUGACCUACUCAAGCUGAUCCCUCCUGCGAAGACCCCAGAAAAAUGCAGCCUGAAGAUGCUGCCAGGGAUGAUGGGAUCUGUUACCCCCAAGAAACAACAGUCCAAGUCACUCUUUUCCCAAAAAUCUGUGCGCGGCUGGUGGCCAUGUGCAAUUGAGGAGGAUGGAAAACAUGUGCUUGGUGGCAAAGUGGAGAUGACACUGGAAAUAGUGGAGGAGAAGGAAAUGGAAGAGAGACCUGCUGGGAAAGGCAGAGAUGAGCCCAACAUGAAUCCCAAACUGGAUCCACCAAAUCGCCCUGACACGUCAUUCUUCUGGUUUACAAACCCUUGCAAGACCAUGAAGUUCAUAGUCUGGCGCAGAUUCAGGUGGCUUUUCAUUGGAGGGAUUAUUCUCCUGCUGGUUAUCUUGUUCCUCGGGAUCCUGUUGUACUCCCUGCCUAAUUACAUCUCAAUGAAGAUUGUGAAGCCUUUCUAAGAAACAUUGUAGGAGUUGAGAAGCUGUGCACCUUACUGCAUCAGAAUCUAAAGCCCUGCUCACUGCUACCAUCCCUCUGAAAUAUGCAGUAACUUUCUUUGCUGAUGCCAUAGCAGAAUGACAUUCAGCAUUUUCGUGUCAUAGAAUGACAGACGGGUCUACAUUUCACUUUUGCGCUUUCAGUAUUAUGUGUCACAUACCAAAUCCAGAUAUUCUCUCAUAUAUUCAGCUUUAAGAAAAAUAAAGAAUGUGAAGAUAUUAAUAAAUUCUGAUAUUUAAAAAUUG